AUGAAAAUCCUUUUCUUCCUUGUUGCUGUUCUCUUCUUCCUCUUCCAGGCUGCUCCAGCUUACAGCCAGGAAACUGCUGACACUGUAGCAUGCCGGCAAAACCGAGGCUUCUGCUCCUUUGUUGCCUGCUCUGCUCCUCUGGUUGACAUUGGGACCUGCCGUGAUGGGAAGCUGAAAUGCUGCAAAUGGUAA